AUGUCCUUUGACUUCGACGAGCUAGACUUGGCGGAGCAAGCGCCCGCGAGGCUUUGGCAGGUGCAAAAUUCCCUCGAGUGCACGCCAGCUCCCAAGACAGAACGCGUGAGUGGGGCGCGAACAUGGUUUGAAAUCAAACGGUACUUCGCAGCAGAAGCUCGACAGGGGCAUGAAGACUGGAAAGUACGCUACGCCAGAGAACUUGUCCUAAAGGCCAUCUUCGAGGCGUUGCACCGUGAUGGUUUUGUCGUCAUCGAUGCUUCCAUGCCAACCAGCACCGCAAAAGGGCUCCUAAGGAGCAUGGCCGAGUUGUGCAGCGCUGCACUCGGUUCUGCAGAGCGCAUGCAGCCUUUGCGAGAUGAUUGCCCAGCGCCCAAGGGCUGGGUUGGCAGCCAGAUCCAGAGAGCUUCCGCAGCAAGUCUCGGCCAUGGCUACGCGCAAGACUGCGUGAGCAUGAGUAGGUCUCUUCACGGCCAGAACUGCGAGGUUACUUUUGCCGGGCAAAGCUGUGAGGCAGUCCGCCCACAGAGCAAGUCAGAGUUCCUUGGAAUCAUGAGGCUGUUCGUGCAUGCCAUUGCCGACAACUCUCUUGCAGAGGUGCAGGUUCCAGCAUCCGACAAGGUGUUGGUGCAGCUCUCCUUUGGCAACAAAGAAGCGUUUUGCAUGCUCCUAGGGCCAGUCUGA